CUCUCUCUCUCUCUCUCUCUCUCUCUCACGAUCCCAAAUCGAACGCUGACAGCAAAUAUACUUCAACAGAUUAUUUCCUCUCUCUCAGGUCUCAUGGCGACGAGCAUCAAUCAGCACCAGUCUAUUCUCGAAUCGGCCUCGCGCUUCCCGCUCCCUCAAGGACUCAGAUUCUCCUAUGGGACCGCGGGAUUCAGAGCGGAGGCGUCGGUGCUGGCGUCGACGGUGUUCCGAUCGGGGAUCUUGGCGGCGCUCCGAUCUCUGAAGACUGGCGCUGUGAUCGGCCUCAUGAUCACGGCGUCUCACAAUCCCGUUAACGACAACGGCGUCAAGAUCGCUGAUCCUGAUGGAGGGAUGCUGACUCAGCAGUGGGAGCCCUUCGCUGAUGCCCUUAUUAACUUUGAUGUUUCUUGCAUGUGCAUUUCAUGGGCCAUAAUGCUAGUAAAAGAUGCAAAUUCCUUUUCUUUCGUGGUUUUAAAAUUCGUAGAGGAGGAGAAUAUACCAUUAGGAGGGGUAAAUUCUUCUGCAGAGAUUUUAUUAGGAAGAGACACAAGGCCUAGUGGCCGAGCUCUGGUUGAAGCUGCAAAACAGGGAAUUAGUGCCGUAAUUGGUGCAGUUGCUAUAGACAUGGGGAUCUUAACGACGCCACAACUUCAUUGGAUGGUUAGAAGGAGGAACAAAAGGAUGAAGGCAUCCGAAUCAGAUUAUUUUGAACAACUUGCUAAAUCUUUUAGGUGCCUUGUAGAUCUGGUUCCCAAAGAAAUGGCUAAGUUAGUGGAUGCAAAAUUUGUAGUAGAUGGAGCGAAUGGUGUUGGUGGAGAAAAACUUGAGCAAUUGAAAGGAAUGCUAACUGGGUUGGAAGUUGAGGUAAGAAACCUCGGUAGGAAAGGAGACGGGAUUCUUAAUGAGAAUGUUGGUGCUGAUUAUGUACAGAAGGAGAAGGUUAUUCCUUGUGGGUUUGGUUCUGAUGACAUGGGAAUAAGGUGUGCAAGCUUGGAUGGUGAUGCUGAUAGGCUUGUUUAUUUUCGACUAUUAUCAGCAAACAGCAGAAGUGUUGAUCUUGUUGAUGGCGAUAAAAUACUCUCUCUCUUUGCUGUAUUUAUCAAGGAGCAAUUAGAUAGUCUUAGCAAAAUGACAAAUGACAAGUUGAGGAACAGAUUAUCAUCAAGGUUGGGCGUCGUGCAAACGGCAUAUGCGAAUGGUGCUUCAACACAUUACCUCAAACAACUAGGCUUGGAAGUUGUGUUUACUCCAACUGGUGUGAAAUAUUUGCACAAGAAAGCUUCAGAAUAUGACAUCGGGAUCUAUUUUGAGGCAAAUGGUCAUGGAACAAUUCUAUUUUCAGAAGAUUUUAUAUCUUCCCUACAUGAUGUGGAGAAAGAGCUUGCUUCGUGUCCAGAUUGUGAGAGUCGCAAUGCUGCUUUAAGAUUGUUGGCAGUUAAUCAGUUGAUCAAUCAAGCAGUAGGAGAUGCUCUUAGUGGCUUGCUUUUGGCAGAGGCAAUUUUACAAUAUUAUGGAUGGUCCAUUAACAGAUGGAGUGAGCUGUACCACGACCUACCAAGCAAACAGUUAAAGGUAAAAGUUGCAGAUAGAAGUGCUGUUGUCACAGCAAAUGCGGAAACCCAAGUUGUGAAACCAUCAGGUUUACAAGAGCUGAUAAACGCUGAGACUGAUAAGUACUCUCAUGGGCGAUGCUUUAUUCGGCCAUCUGGUACCGAGGACAUAAUACGUGUUUAUGCUGAAGCAUCCACUCAGGAAGCAGCUGACUCUCUCGCCCAAGCAGUAGAGCAACAUGUUAAACGCCUUCUCACGGAAAAAUCUUUUUAAAAGGUUUUCUAUCAAAUCAGCGACUAUUUUGAUACGUCCGAUAUAAAAUUCUUGCAACUAACAUGACUAACAUUUAACUGCUAUCAAAAACAUGUUCCAGUGGUUGCAGUGAAAUCAUCAUCACUGUUUGAUUUUGUACAAGUCAGUUAUGUUUGUGUAUUUGCACUAGGUAAGUUUGUUGGUGCUUUAACUCCUACAGUUGCUAACGUUUUCUUCGAAAAUCAUGUCAUAAUAAGUCUGAAUUCGUUCUGAA